UCCGCAAAACGAGAGAAUUAGCGCAGAGAAAGCAUGGCUUCUCCGGCAGCCCUCCAGAGAUCGCCCCUGUCUUCUUCCCCGUCGCCAUCCUCCCCUCUCCACCGCCUCUCCACCUUCAAAUCCCCCACCCCUCCCGCCUCCUCCGCGGCGGCGGCGGCGUCGUCGUCGUCCCCUCUCGACACCUUCGCCGACGACCCGAUCCUCUCUCCCUUCCUCUCCCCGUCCUUCUCCUCCACCACCUUCUCCUCGGCGGCCCUCUCCUCCGGCUCCCCCGCCUCCACCGCCGAGAAGCUCCACUCCGCCAUCCGCCUCCUCGAGUCCCAGCUCCGGUCCGAGGUCCUCUCCCGCCACCACCACCUCCUGUCCCAGCUCUCCUCCCUCCAGUCCGCCGACCUCUCCCUCGCCUCCGUCCGCUCCUCCGUCUCCUCCCUCCAGUCCUCCCUCCGCCGCGUCCGAUCCGAGCUCUCCGAGCCGCACUCCUCCAUCAACGCCAAGACGCUCCAGCUCUCCAACCUCCACCGAUCCACCGAUCUCCUGCAGCACACCAUCCGGUUCCUCCGCUUGUCCAAGAAGCUCCGCGAAUCGGAUUCCGCGGAUCCGGACAAGCUCGACCUCGGCAAGGCCGCGCAGCUCCACUGCGACAUUCUCCGGUUAUGCAACGAGUACGAUCUGGCCGGCAUCGAUGUGGUUGAGGAAGAGCUGAAGUGGAUCCGGGAGAUCGGGGAUAAGAUUAGGAGCGAGGCCAUGAAGGUGUUGGAGAGAGGCAUGGAAGGGUUGAACCAGGCGGAGGUUGGUACUGGAUUGCAGGUGUUUUACAAUCUAGGCGAGUUGAAGGCCACCGUGGCGCAGUUGGUGAAUAAGUAUAAGGGAAUGGGAGUGAAGAGUGUUAAUGCCGCAUUGGAUAUGAAGGCGAUAUCAACCAGUGGAGGAGGUGGGUAUAAUCCGGGAGGGAUUAGAGCGAGCGGGACGCCGCAGAUUGGAGGGGGAGGGAAGGCAAGGGAUGCGCUUUGGAAGAGGAUGGAGGAGUGUAUGGAGCAAUUGCACUCAGUCGUGGUUGCGGUUUGGCACUUGCAGCGGGUGUUGUCGAAGAAGAGGGAUCCGUUCACCCAUGUAUUGCUGCUCGACGACGUUAUUCAGGACGGUGAUGCAAUGUUAUCAGACCGUGUCUGGGAGGCACUUGUUAAGGCCUUUGCAAGCCAAAUGAAAUCUGCUUUCACUGGAUCAAGUUUUGUGAAAGAUGCAUUUACGGCGGGAUACCCAAAGAUGCUUUCCAUGGUUCAGAAUCUUCUAGAACGGAUUUCACGCGACACCGAUGUUAAGGGUGUAUUGCCAGCUAUCACUCCUGAAGUAAAAGAUCAAAUGGUUUCAGCAAUAGAAAUAUUCCAGACUCAGUACUUGGUUCAAUGCUUUAGACAUCUUACAGAUCUCGUCAACAAUGUCUUCCCUGUGUCCACUCGUGGAAGUCUUCCCUCUAAAGAACAUAUCUCAAGAUUCGUGUCACGCACACAGGAAGAGAUUGAAGCUGUCCAGUUGGACGGGCGUUUAACUCUGCUUGUCUUGCAUGAAAUUGGUAAGGCGUUGCGGCAGCUGGCAGCACGAGCUGAGAACCAGAUAUCUACUGGUCCUGAAGCACGUCAAGUGAUGGGUCCUGCUACAGCAGCCCAGUUGAAGAACUUCACCAUAUGUCAGCAUUUGCAAGAAAUUCACACCCGCAUAUCAUCUAUGAUCCUUGAAUUCCCACCUGUUGCUGUCGAUGAGCUUUCCCCUGCAUUGGGUGCAAUAUAUGAGGUCGCAUGUGAUGCAGUGACAUCCUUAUUUCAAGCGAUGCUGGAUCGACUGGAGUCUUGCAUACUGCAAAUUCAUGACCAGAACAUUGGUGUGCUUGGGAUGGAUGCUGCUAUGGACAAUAAUGUAUCACCCUACAUGGAGGAGUUGCAGAAGUCAAUUCUUCACUUCCGUACUGAGUUUCUAGUCAGGAUGUUGCCUCCAGCUAACACAGCAACUGGAGGGACAGAAAUGAUAUGCACUCGGCUCGUUAGAAACAUGGCUUCACGAGUUUUGAUUUUCUUCAUCAGACAUGCUGCUCUUGUGAGGCCUUUAUCAGAAUCAGGGAGGCUGAGAUUGGCUAGAGACAUGGCCGAGCUGGAGCUGUCGGUAAGCCAGAACUUGUUCAAGGUGGAACAACUAGGUGCACCGUACCGAGCCCUUCGAGCAUUUAGGCCUCUCAUAUUCUUGGAAACAUCUCAGCUGGGAGCAUCUCCUCUUCUUCAGGAUCUGCCGGUCAGUGUUAUACUUCACCAUCUUUACACCCGUGGUCCGGAUGACCUGCAGUCCCCGAUGCAAAGAAACAAGCUCACGCCGUUGCAGUACUCUUUGUGGAUGGAUUCACAAGGAGAGGAUCAGAUCUGGAAAGGCGUGAAAGCAACUUUGGAUGAUUAUGCUGCGAAAGUAAGGGCAAGAGGGGACAAGGAGUUCAGUCCUGUGUAUCCCCUUAUGCUUCAAGUGGGGUCAUCUUUGACCGAUAAUGCAUCUGUGGCUCGGUAACCCUGAAAAGGAGCAUUUAACCCUACUUCUCUUUUUUUUGGGCGAUGUUGCAUUUGAGAUGUUGGAGAAGGCUUGUAAUAGUGCUAGUCCUAGUGUCAGCCAUCAAUGUAAAUGCACGAGGUUCAUGAAAUUUUUUUUGGUUAAAUUGUUCAUAGCUCAGGAUGAACUAUUUGUCAAAUUCGACUGGUAUAAUGGGUGCUGAGCCAACAUCUUUCUACAGGUUGCAGCCUUCUAAGGCGGAUCAAUCAACCCUUUUUAAUCGGAUAUUUUCCAAGACACAUGGCUGAUCUACUAUUGAGUAUGGCAGAAUCGAUCCGUUCUUCCUAA